UGAAACUGUGUGUUUUCUUUUUAUAAUGAACAAAGGAUUAGAGACCCUCUUCUUCAUUGAAGAAGAUGGCAAUAAUGCACCAUCACAAUGAUCAUAAUAAUGAAAAUGUUUCAUCUGUUCUUGAUGCCCUUUACUGUGAUGAAGAAAAAUGGGAAGAGGAUGAAGAUGAGUUAUCUGAUGAAAGUGAUGUGACAACAAACAAUGAUGAUGGGGUUCACUUGGACACUAGUUCUCUUUUCCCAUUGCUCUUGUUGGAGCAAGAUUUGUUCUGGGAAGAUGAAGAACUAAACUCUCUCUUCUCCAAAGAGAAGAAUCAACAAGAAACCUAUAACGAUCUGAAAAAUGUGAAUUUGGACUCUUCUCUCUCUCUGGCUCGUCUUCAAGCAGUAGAAUGGAUCCUUAAAGUCAAUGCUCAUCAUGGAUUCUCUGCUCUCACUGCAACACUGGCUGUUACUUACCUGGAUAGGUUCCUUUUAAGCUUCCAUUUUCAAAGGGAGAAGCCAUGGAUGAUCCAGCUUGUGGCUGUCACUUGCAUCUCUUUGGCAGCAAAAGUUGAAGAAACUCAAGUGCCUCUUCUCUUAGACCUUCAAGUGCAAGGCACCAAAUAUGUGUUUGAGGCAAAGACUAUUCAGAGAAUGGAGUUACUAGUUCUCUCCACCCUCAAAUGGAAGAUGCACCCUGUGACCCCACUCUCAUUUCUAGAUCACAUUAUAAGAAGGCUUGGAUUGAAAACCCAUCUUCACUGGGAGUUUCUCAGGCGCUGCGAGCAUCUUCUUUUAUCUGUGCUUUUAGAUUCAAGAUUUGUUGGUUGUCUUCCUUCUGUAUUGGCCACUGCAACAAUGCUGCAUGUUAUAGAUCAGAUUGAGCACAAUGAUGGGAUGAAGUACAAAAAUCAGCUUCUGGGUGUUCUCAAAAUUAGCAAGGAGAAAGUAGAUGAAUGCUAUAAUGCCAUUCUCCAGCUCUCAAAUGCCAAUAAUUAUGCUUAUAAGAGCCCUAGCAAGCGCAAGUAUGACCAAAUACCCAGCAGCCCAAGUGGCAUAAUUGAUGCUGCUUUUAGCUCUGAUGGUUCCAACGAUUCGUGGACAGUGGGGUCAUCAUUAUGUUCACCAUCAGAGCCUCUGUUCAAGAGGAGUAGAAUCCAAGGACAAAAAAUGAAAUUGUCACCAUUCAACCGGGUCAUUGUUGGAAUUGUUGGAAGCUCCCCUUAAUACCCUCAGCUUUCCCUUUCUCUGUCCUUCACAAAAGAAAGAGCCCCAAAAAA